AUGUUGAUUAACUGCAGAACACAAGACGACAAAAAGACUAAUGCCGUGGACGUGACCUGCUCUUCACCUGAGCAUGUCAGUAAUGAGCUCGUGUCACCUGACUCACCUGUGUCACCUGACUCACCUGUAUCACACACACCUGCCAGGGUCACGCUGACCAGAGAGACGCCAAUUUCCGCCGGAAGUCCUGGUCUGUCACCGGUACCAAGGUACCCAACACCAGCCGUGACCGGCCAGCAGACAACAACAGCAGAUAAUCGACCUUCACCUGUCGAGGUCAAGGCUACAGCUCGCCCUAGCAACUUCUCUAUCAACGCCAUUUUGGGCAGAGCGCCCUCUACCAGAGCGUGCUCCACGCCCAAGGGAGAAAACUCCAAUCCGUGUGGACCUUCAUCAGACACCCACCUGUGUACCCCUGGGGCAGACACCAGUCCGUGUACACCCGCGGGAGACGCCUACUUGUGUACACCAACAACAGGGCAGGGGAGGCAACCCAAUGACGUCAACACCCCACACAAUACCACUCACAGAAAACGAAAACGGGAGGAGAGUACCGCAGACGAAACGGAGCCCCGCCCAGCCAGCUCUGAGUCUUCCUCUUGUAGCAGCUGUGAGUCCUGCGCCAAACGUCACUCGACCCACCCCCGCAGGAAGAUGGAGAGGACAAAGUUCUCCAAGGAGGACAUCUCGGCACUCAACGAGUCCUUCUGGAGAGACCCAUAUCCCAGUUCCCAGGAGAUGGAGAAACUGGCCAAAACACUGGGUCAUGGGAUUGUCCAAAUCAAGACCUGGUUCCAGAACAAACGAGCGUCUAUCUCCGGCACCAGACAACCCAAGCGGCCAGUGCCCGGCCCAGUGAUGGCCUUCCAGCUGAACCUGAAGAUGGACCAGGACCAGCAGCAGAAGAUCUUCCUGCUGCCCCCGUCUGCCGGCACCCCCACUGACCAGUACGUCGUCCAGCCGACCCCUGUCAGACACGCCCCCGGUCAUCUGACACACGGUCCAGCAUCUGACACGGCACAUCUCGAACAGCGACCUGUAUCCACUAAUGGCAUCCAAUCCACUAAUGUCAUCCAGACAUCCAGGGAUGUAUCCACUGACCGGACCAGCAACACCACCAUCCCUGCAUCCACUACUUCUCAGCCACGCUGGCCACAUGUCAAGUACACAACAGCUAGAGAAAUACGUCACUAG